GCUGGAAAUGAAGGGAUGGACUGGAGCUGGUGAGGGAGGGGGCUCAGCUGUGUAAAUACUGAAGUAGAUCCUGAUGUACAUACUUGUGUGUGGAGGCAUUCCGAUCUUUCCUUUUGCUUCUCUUGAGUUUCCUACUUCUGCAAAGCUGGCUUUUGUUGUCUGACAGUAUUUUGGAGGUGGGAAAAAUAGAUUUUGCUACCUCAGUUUUUAAGUUUUUUGUCUAAUUUUUCACUUAAAAAAAAAAAAAGUUAUGGAAACACUUAAGGCUUACGGCCUUACUGCUUUACAUGUGUUCAUGUAUUUAGCUGUAGGGAAGUUGGUCUUUCUCCUCCCCCAAGGGAGUUUCCUGUGUAUAUGGAAAAAAUACAAAGCAGAAGUGAAAGAUACCUCAGGCUUCCAAACCUGCCGCUCGCAUUUCACUUCUCCCACUACCCUCCUUCUCAUCAUAGAAACAGUCCUGCAGUUCUUCCUCUGUCUCCACAACAAUACCAACUCUUUAAAGAGUUACUCACCAUCAUAGCUAACAUGGCAGGUAGCUUGACACAUGCACAAAAUUAUUGCAGCAACCUGUUAGCCACUGGGGAAAUUAAAAAAUAAAAAUAAAAAAAUACAUAGUGAAUUAAUUUUCUGGUGUUUAUCUUCAAAUUGCCAGAAUUUAGACUUUCUUCAGGCUAGUAAAUAUAACAUAAUUUGCUACCUAUUACAAGAGCUUUAUAGUCAUAAGUAGAUUUAGCAUUCAACCCAUGUUGUUUUUUUUUUAUUGAAAAAUACACUUGAGGCCGGUUCCCUAAAACUGUGUGCACAUGGAGAUGACAAAUUAUUUCGUAGCUGAUGAGUUUUGAAGUUCUGCCUGUCUUUUUUCAUUGACAUCAGUAUUCUGGAAAUGUCUGCCCAGACCCUAAUUUUUGUAGAACUCAAAGCAAUGUGCAGAGCUGAAUUAUGGGUUCCAAAGUUACAGCGAGGAUGGAUAAUCAGUUCUCUAACAUGAGAUUAAUUUUUUAAUAAACUGGGAAGCAAAAGCAAUGAAGGACUCUUUGCAGUUAGUAGGCUAAUAAGCAUGUCCAUAUUUUCCAGAAUGCAUUAGUGGCUUGGAAGAAGACACUAUACAGCCUCUCUGUAGUGUUCAACUCCAAGCCACAGUUUCUAAUAUAGGUCACCCCCAGAAUUUGCUUAGAAUGAAACUUUCUGUUCAUUUAUCUUGGCUGCAUGGGCAUCUGUACACUUUAACCCAGGAAUUCAGCUUCCCUGCCUGAUUUCUGGCCCUUAAUUAUUGCGUUUGUCCAUGAUUCCCAUUUUUCUUGGAGAGCUCAACUGCCCCGUUUGGAGCAGCAGUAAGCAGGAAUGGCAGAAAGGGAAAUCUCACCGCUGAGCAGUGCAUUCCAUGUACUACACGCUUGGCAUUCCCUUGCUGGCUAUCAUUUUUGAAUCAGGCAAGGUACGAAUAAGGCAGUGGUAGCUGCUAACUAAAAUGCCUUCUGAAAUUUGGUGGUUUUGUACUUCAAAACAGCUUUGACAAUUUACUUUCCCUUCUGGCCUGAAUGUACUUGAAAGGAUGAGACAAUGUUUUGAAAAGAGGUUGGGUUCAGAGCUCAGCAGUUGGGAGCCUUCGCAGCACUGCUUAGGCACGCUUAUCAUGCAGUAAAAUCCUCACACACGAAUUGGUGCCAGCACAAGCAUUUUUCUGGGAAAUCUGUGUCGUGGCAGACCUGGGCAAGAGAUCAUGUAAGAUCUGAGUACUGUUGGGUAAAGCUUCCUUCUGAUGUCCUACUGAUGGCUUAGAAUACCUCCGUCUGGUGAAGUUCAUGUUAAAAACAUUCUUGUUUUCAAGUUGGCUUCAUAGUUUAUAAUGUACCUCAUUAAGAUUCAGGGAGAAGUUUUACCAGUAAUUUGCAUCUGUGUGGAGUUUAAACUCGACAAACCUGAAAAGCAAGCCUACUUGAAUUAAGUAUGAUUCACACAAUUUCCAUUAAAAAAAAUGGACAAUAAUAACUGUUCUGCAUUUUGUGCUCUGCAGAUUCUUUUUCUUAGGAAAAAUAGCCUAUAAAAGCUAUUUUGGCACAAGAGAAAUGUGUAAUUGUGCAAGAGAACUGCAAUGCUAUAAUACCAGAGGAAAGGAAAAGAAGGUGUUAGUCUGCUGACAUCUCAGACACAUAACAUGAACUUUUCAUUUGAGAAUUAGAAAUGUGCUGUGAUAAAGAGUGAAGGUGUGUUUUUGGAGUGUCAGUUUAAUUGCCCUGUUCGGUAAUCCCUGACCCAUUUAGAAUAACAGUUAUAAAAAAUAUUGUUGUAUUUGAUGGCAGGCAUGGUGGAGGUGAAAUUUCUCAAGCAAUUUGUUUUUAAAAAUGAGUUAUGCAAUGAAGAGUAGCAGUAAUUGAAAGUCACUUCUAGCUUAUUUGUUCGGAAAUGCAUUUUUUGUGUUGUUUUUUUUUGUAAUAAAUGCCCACUUUCUUUUUUUCUUUCCAAAGUCAAGUAUUAGUUUAAUGGGAAUAUGAGUUUCUGUCUCUUUCCUGUGUGGGAACACUCCUUUAUUACUGCCACGGCAGUCGUUGAAGUCUGAAUUGAUGACUUAAUUUACCCAUGAGUCAAUUGAACAAACAAACAAACAAAAAAACCCACUGAAGCUUUUAGAUGUUUUUAAAUGGUCGUUAUUAAAAUGCAGUUUUAUAAAUUGCAGGCCGAGCAGCACCUAAUUUUGCCAUCUUGUGUGAUUUUAAAGGUUUAAGAAUACUCUGUUUAUAUAAAAUGCUCCCUGGUUGUAGACUGCUAGCACAAGCACAGAGGGAUUGACAAAGAAUGGCUGUCCUAGAAAGUGAAAAAAGCCUCUAAUUCUCCCUCUUUUCUGGAAUGUGUGUUUAUUGCUGCUGUUUUUAUAUUCAUGGGAUGAAGUAUUCAGAAGCUUAAUUACGAAACAAUAUACUGGAGAUUGAUUAAUUCUAGGAUACUGACAGCUCAUUUUGCAACUGCGCCCAGUUAAUGUUAGUGCAACCACAUAAUUCCUGAGUGAUGCAAGAAGAAAAUGUCUGAAAUCUAGGAAAACCUGUAAUUUUGUAAAACAGGUUGGUGCCAAGUACAGCUUUGUUAAAGAGUAUGCGUGCUCACAGGUUUUGUGUCAUCACAUCUAUUGUGGAGACUAAUUUUAUUUGACACUUAGAACACAACACAGCUUAUGAGCUGAUACCUAUUCUCUGAUUUAACACUGAUAAUUAUUUAUGAAUUGUUCUACAAAUCUAGAAGCAGUGGAUGAGGCACAGUUGCAUAGAAGUAAGCUUACAUAACUGCAGUAAUUUUCUUUUAAUGAAUAGGAGGAGCUGCUUCCAUUUUACAUUUGGAAGUGUUACUGCAGCAUGGAAGUUGGAGGAGGAAAAGAAAUGAGAGGAAAUAGAAAUGAUGACGUUGUGUGUUCUUUUGUUGUUUGUUUGUCUAGUUUUUAUAGAAGCUUCCAAAACAUAAAAAGUUGGUGUAGCUGACUGAUAGGCUGGAGAAAGGAGAUGAUAGGGUAUAUUCCAAAGGUGUUCUUUAAGACUAUGAAAGUACAGUAAAGGCUUUUCUAAAUGGCUUUUGAAACUUUUGCUUUGGUAGGCUGAGGAUUGUAUCAUAGAGUUCCUAAAGUGAGAUCAGUAAAUGCAAUAUACAAAUAUUCUUUUUUUCUAUUACAUCAUUUAAAAUACAAUUAAAAUGGUCUGUACCAGCCUUCUCAUGGGAGGUCAUGUUCUCCUCUCGCUGUUCCUGUUGGCUGCACUGUGGUUAUGUUACUGCUUAGUGUAUUCCUGCUGAAUCAAUAAAGCUCGCUUGUCUCCCGCCUCCCCCCUUGAAUCAGUGUGUGGGAAGCUGUGCCAGGUGCUGUGUUGGGUGUGUGUGGAAAGGUAAGGGUAGCUGCAAGGAAGCUGGCUGGUGAGACCUGUGCUUGGCGGUGACAGCAGCGCAGCUGUUGCGAAGCUGUGGUCCAGCUGAGAUUUGGGGCAGCUGAGACAUGAGUGGAUGUCUGCUUGUCCUGAUCUAAUACCGACAGAGGCAGUUGAGAGUAGUGACUCAGCUGUCACAGAAGAACUUGUUGAUGGGCCUGUUGAGACUGUAAAGGUAUUAGUACACUUCACUGUCAUGUUGCAUUAAGUUUUGGCUGCAGUUGGGUGACAGUCCUGUACUCUGCUAAGCUUAACUUCAGCUAAGGGUCUCAGUCCACUAACAAGAUCUCUUAAUUAUGUUUAAGACUUGUUUUCUUGAAGUCAUUUUCCUUUUCAAAAGGGUUCAUUUUCAUUCUUGAUUUUUAACAACAGAUUUGAGUCACUCAAGAAUUAAAAUACUGUAGGUUAUUCAGUUUUAUAACUUCUAGGUAACUUAAUUAUUCUUUGUUUUAUUUUCUUGCACAGAGUUCCUCUCUAUGAGAGUUACAGUGUCUUCUUUGGCUUCUGUUACAGUCGAGCUUGAGAUGACCAAACAGCUUUAUGCAACCAAAACCAGUUUUCCCUAUGGUCUCCCGCUUCCCAGUGCAUUAGGGUGUGGUGUGACAGAUGGGUGGGCUGAACUGGCUCCCUGGGAAAGGCUGAGCUCUGCAGGCGGUGUGGUGGAAGCUGGUUGAGGAGAUUGGAGCGGUCCUGGCAGCUGGGGACACCGUAAGCCCCUUAGGGACAGAUUAGUGUGUUCUCCUUGGCCUUGUACUGAUAGGAAGCAGUCACUGAAGUAAUGAAGCCUCUUCGAUUAUGUAGUAAAAAGGGUAAGAAAAAGCACACAGAAGAGUCAUUAGCCUAUUAUUUUAUAGAACAGUAAUUAGAAAUGUUGAGCUGGGCGGCAACUUUCCCUGUCAAGAAUCACUUAUUUCAUCAAGAACUGUUCAAAAGAAAUACAUACAUGGUAUGUAUGGUUAGUGAGGUUAGGCUGGCUUUUUGAGGAUCUUCCUCCUUUUUAAGUUCGGUAUGGUUCUUUACCACUUCCUUGCUAAGUCAUUCACAGUUUCUGCUUCUGCAAGGUACUUUUGGCAUUACUGUGAAGUGGCAAUUCAAAGAAAACCGUGAACUUGUUUUGUGCUUUUUCUUUCUUAACUACAAUUUUUUGUAAGUUGCCUUCUGCACAGAUGAUGAAUGCUGCUCACCCAGCUAGGAAUGGGCUGGAAGAUCUCUUUACGGAGAGGAAGCUGUUCUCUGGAUGCUGCAGGCAUUGAUUCAGAUGGGGAAAGAAAGCAACGUUGAGCAAAACCUCAGAUACUAUAAUGUACAGAAAGGUUCCUAUAUUGACAGGAACCCAGUUUUAACAAGUGUUGUUCCGAGUCCAAUUUGUGACUUUAGUCAAAUGUUUGGCAUCAGAAGCAACAAUCAGUGGGGUUUUUAGAAUUGGUUCCUUGUGCAUCUAAAACUGUUCUGCUUCAGACUAAAUCUUAUUUGGUUGUGAUCGUGGUCAGUUAGUAGCCAUAAAAAGCAUUGUUCUAUUACUCAAUAGCUGUGUUCUUACCAUAUUUGGCAAGUUACUUUAUUAAAAAGACAAGAGAGUGGAUUGGUUUUGUUGUCAUUAUUAAAGGCCAGGUGAUAAUUCUAUUUAUGGUUUAGUAGGGUACAUAGAAUCACUUUCUUAAGAAAUAAAAAUCAACCUCUCAGUUGAAAUAUCUGUUUGCAGGUAACGUGCAAGGUGAGAUACAGUGGGAAGUAGACAGGGCUGGAGGGAAAAGAGGAAUUCUAAGCACUGUAUGCUCAGCAAAGUGGUUGUCACUGAAAGCUUUGAAUGUGGAACUCUGCUUCAGACUAUUUUUGUAUGAGCAGCUUACCAUUAUUUUAGUGGCUAAUUGUGUGCACUAUUUUUUUUUCUUAAUGGUCACUUUUUUUUUGAGUGGAUGAAGAUAAAACUAAUCAGCCUUAUAUUGCACAUUCCUUAUGCAGUUGCAGUAGCUGUGGCAGAUUUCAUUACAUUUUAGAGGCUGAGAUUCUGUUGUCAUGCUGAUUUUUUUUCAACCUGGUAACUCUUUCAGCUGCUGAGAUAAACACGUGCAAAUCUGUAGUUUUCCAUGAGCAUUUGAGCCAACAUCAGGGAAUCAGUCAAAAAGAUUUGUAUUUAAUAGAAUUGUUAUAAAUGGAGUCAUUUCUGAUGGUGUUUCUUACACUUCGCACCAUCCUACCAUUUUAAUGACAUGCUUUAAGUUGAUUAUUUCUAACUUCUUUAGUAUACUUGAGAUUAUUGAGGUAUUGUAGGUUCUUGCAGCAGGUACCUACAGCAAAAAUCAAAGCAGGGAAAAUACAUCUAGUGAAAUAGGUUUAGUCACUUUAUUAUUCCUGAGUAAGUUGUCAUUCCUGGCUUUCUUUCCUUAUUGUGGCACAGUUGUGCGAGUUCUGUCUCCAUUGGACUUGACUUUGAUUUUUGGAAUCAUGUGAAAUCACGAUGAUUUACUAAAUGAAGGGUUUUUUUUUUUUUCCUAAAUGCAGCCUGACUAGUACAAACUGGUGAAUUUGCUUACUUCUCUAAGUUGUUCAGAAAUCAGCCCUUUCACUGAUGAUAGUGCAAGCUGUAUUUAGGUUGCAGUUGUAGUUCUGUGAUUUUCUUUUUAUGGGGACUGGAAAUGAGAGAGGACAAUAAUGAAAGCAAUGUGGGAGGAUGAAAGCAAGGUCAGAAAAGGGAGAGGGAGUUUCUAAUUGAACCAGUGACCUCCAGUGAGAGGGCGUGACUAAAUGAGCCAUUUUUUUUCUAUUGUAUUUAUGUCCUAUUAUUUGAUAUAGUGCCAGAAGUGUAUAUAGUGGUGUACAGUAGAUUUGUUUCAUGCACAUAACAUGUUCCCUGUGCUUGAGGACUCGGUGAGGAUACAGAGUACAGGAUCAUGCAGUACAGAGAUGUGAGAGUGCAUGGUUGGUGGCAUUCACCCUGGAGCAGGAAAUUUGGAGAGCGACCUCAACCGAAACGGCUCACCAGGGAAGCAAUGCGGAAUUACCUUAAGGAGCGAGGCGAUCAAACAGUACUAAUACUCCAUGCAAAAGUUGCUCAGAAAUCAUAUGGAAAUGAAAAAAGGUUCUUUUGUCCCCCUCCGUGUGUGUAUCUUAUGGGCAGUGGAUGGAAGAAAAAAAAAGAGCAAAUGGAACGGGAUGGUUGCACUGAGCAAGAGUCACAGCCUUGCGCCUUCAUUGGAAUAGGAAACAGUGACCAAGAAAUGCAGCAACUGAACUUGGAAGGAAAGAAUUAUUGCACUGCCAAAACGUUAUACAUAUCAGAUUCAGACAAGAGAAAGCACUUCAUGCUAUCAGUAAAAAUGUUCUAUGGCAAUAGUGAUGACAUCGGUGUGUUCCUCAGUAAACGAAUCAAAGUCAUCUCCAAGCCUUCUAAAAAGAAGCAGUCACUGAAAAAUGCAGACUUAUGUAUUGCAUCAGGGACAAAAGUGGCACUAUUUAAUAGACUUCGAUCCCAAACAGUUAGCACCAGAUAUUUGCACGUAGAAGGCGGUAAUUUCCAUGCCAGUUCACAACAGUGGGGAGCAUUUUACAUUCACCUCUUGGAUGAUGAUGAAUCGGAAGGAGAAGAAUUCACAGUGAGAGAUGGCUACAUUCAUUAUGGGCAGACUGUCAAACUUGUAUGCUCCGUUACUGGCAUGGCACUCCCAAGACUGAUAAUUCGAAAAGUAGAUAAACAAACAGCAUUAUUGGAUGCAGAUGAUCCGGUAUCGCAGCUCCAUAAAUGUGCAUUUUACCUUAAAGACACUGAGAGAAUGUAUUUGUGCCUUUCCCAGGAGAGAAUAAUCCAAUUUCAAGCCACUCCAUGCCCAAAAGAACCAAAUAAAGAAAUGAUUAAUGAUGGAGCUUCUUGGACAAUCAUUAGCACAGAUAAAGCAGAGUACACAUUUUAUGAGGGGAUGGGACCGGUCCAUGCUCCAGUGACACCUGUGCCUGUUGUAGAAAGUCUUCAAUUGAAUGGCGGCGGGGAUGUAGCAAUGUUGGAACUUACAGGACAGAAUUUCACUCCAAAUUUACGUGUCUGGUUUGGGGAUGUGGAAGCCGAAACCAUGUACAGAUGUGCAGAGAGCAUGCUAUGCGUUGUUCCAGAUAUUUCUGCAUUUCGAGAGGGUUGGAGGUGGGUCCGUCAACCAGUCCAAGUUCCAGUAACUUUGGUCCGUAACGAUGGCAUAAUUUACUCCACCAGCCUUACCUUUACAUACACACCGGAACCAGGGCCACGACCACACUGCAGUGCUGCUGGAGCAAUCCUCAGAGCCAACUCAAGCCUCAUGGCUUCCAGUGAAACAAAUGCAAACAGCGAGGGAAGUUACACAAAUGUCAGCCCAAAUCCAACCAACGUCACAUCAUCUACAGCAACUGUAGUUUCCUAACUACUGUUGUUUGUUUGGACUUUAACUGACUUUUAAGUGCUACAUUCAAGAGAACUGAACAAUUUUUGUGGUUUCGUGGGAAAACACCUUUCCAUUUUAGGUGAUAUUAUUUUGAACCUGGUUACCUGCAAGUGCUAAUCUUAAAUAUAGAAGCCACAAUAAAAAAACAAAACAAAAACAAACAAACAUCCAAACAUAAGAACUUUAUUGGAAGUCUAUUUUUCAGCUGUUUUUUUUUUAAUGGGCAAGAAAUGAAAAUGUGGCUGGGAUACAUGUUGAGCAAACUAGAAAACAUGAACACAACAUAGUUUUUAUGGACCAAGGAACUUGUAUAAGCUUUAGUAUAAAAGGUACAUUUUCACCAUACCUUUUUUGUAUCACAACAUAUAGUACACUUUUGUUACCAAAUAGUUUAUAUUUUUUUUUCUCUGAGCUUUUGCUCUGAAGUGUAUUCAGGUUCCAAGCCUGACCAUGCUUGUAUAAUCUAAUUACCAUACUCUUCCAGUUUUAAAAAAAGUAUAUAUAUUUUUGGUCUGUGGCUGGAACUGUUCCUUUUUUUAAACUGAAGUCUUGUGACUUUUUAUGAACUGAAAUUGUUUUUAUUUCAGCAAGUAGAACCUUGUAAAGGCCAGCAUAUUUUUUUUAAGAUUAUAUGAAGUCUGUGCAAAAGCUUUAAAAAAUGCCUCUGCCUUGCCUGCAAUACAUGCAAUGUAUGUUAACUUUAGUGCUCUGUUUUCAGUCAUUGUUAAUAGUUAUUUCUGUUUUCCUUUUUUUUGAAUAUAUAUUUAUAGUGAUAAUUCAUGAGGUUCUAACAUUACAUGAGUUUCGUUUUUUCUAAAGGUGACGUCUCAAGCAGUCAUAUGAAUGAUUGUUCAUGUCACAGGCAUACGUUGGUGUUUUUGAAGGGUUGUUACUGGGUUACUCUCCCUCUUCCUUUCACAGUCAUAUUGCAUCUGAAAAUGUUUCAGAAUCUGUUCAGGUUUUUCUAUUCUUGUACAUAAUUUGUAUUAAGUGUAAGUUAAAUGUUUUAUUUCGAAAGUGGAAUGUUCCCAAUAACUUCAUUUGGCAGCAUGUCUUCUGUCUUGUUGGCAUGUAACUAAAAUAUCAUGAGAAGUAUAUGCUACAAAUGAGAUUGGUAGGUGAUGCCCUUCAUGGCUAAGAAUCACAAAAAGCAUGUUUUUCUUCAUACUGUUCGGUAAAUUAGGCCAGACUUAAGUGUAACACUUGCAUUGAGAACGUGCUUUCAUUGUGAAGUGAUCAUACCAUAAUAACUGAAGUAAAUUUUAUUACUUAGGAAUGGGCAAAUAGAAAAUCAUAAAAGCACUAUGAAGAUGUCAACUCCUCCCAUCCUUAUUUCCUAUGGGUUUCUCUUUCCCUGCCAACAGCUUGUGCAACAUUCAAGUCUUCUCUCCAUCAUAAAUUUAAGGCUCAUUUGCACUUUGACUUUGUUGGUCGUUGUGUUUGUUUUUCAUUUUGACUUUGCUGUGUUUUAGCUCUCCUUGCAGACCUGCCUGCUUCAUCUGUAAUUGAAAAUAUAUCCCACUAGUUCAUUCAUAGUCACAGAACUAGACAUAGAAUUGUAGGACAAGUUCUGAUAGCGUGAUCUUGAAAAGCCAAAAUAUGAAUUUUAUGGUUUGUUCAGCCUUUUUUUCUUCCCUGAAGCAUGAGCCACAACUGCUGUGUAAAUGUGAACCUGUGGCUUCCUACACUGCAUUGCUUUCAAGCUUACCUGUUGACCAUUUUCAUAGGGUUUUUAUUUCUGACCACUUACUCCAGUUCCGGCACCCACCAACAUUUUAAAGCAUUUUUGCUGCACCAUAUUUGUGUACUCUGACGCUCCAUUUUACUUGUUUGUUUUAGUGCUCCACUGUACAUGUGAGAACAAUGUGGUUAAAAAUGGAAAUUGGUUAUAAAGCAUAUUUAGAUAAUAGUUGAAAUCAGUGCCACUGUCCUUCUGAAACGUGCUUGUAUCCUACCACAGGCCUUCAUAUUUGCUCUGCUGUAUUAUGAAACAGACUCCCAUGACAUAGUCACAAUGCUGGUCCUUAGCACUAGUGGAUACUGCCUCACCUCAUCUCUGUUUCAGUGACCAAGGGCAGAAUUCAUUGUGGCCUUAUCUCUGUUUUAAACUGUUUACUGGCAUUUACUUGCAGAUCUGUUUACUUGCGUAUAUGCUAUAAAACUUCAUGUUAGUCGUCUUGUGGCAGGAAUCAUUUCACAGUGUUUUUGUUUGAAGCACAUAAGUAUCUUACAGUACUGUUUAAUUCAGAAGCCACAGAUUUUCAUCGCUAAUUAGACUGAGAAUUGAAGUGGUAUAUAUAUAUUGAAUUUAGAAGGAUAUUCAAGAACAAACCAUGAUAUACACACAAUAGGCAAACCAUAACGAGUCUUUUGUCCUUCAAAGGAUACUUUAAAUAGCAUUUCAGAACUUGACACCUGCUUUUAUACUCAUUAUUUUAAAAAUUUUUACAUGUAAAUGCAAUACUUUUUAUAUUCAGUUUAUUUGCAAUAAUUUUGCCCAAUAGAUAUAUUAUAUUCCUUGACUUGUAAAGAACCUAACGACCUAGCCUUAUUUCUGCUGUUCUACACACUACAGCCAUCUGGGUGAAAAACAGAUUACUAAGUUGUGCUUACAAGACCAUUUAAAACCCCUUUUUUCCUUUGGGCUUGUGGCACCAUUUUUGCCAGUAGUUACUUUGUAGUACAGAAAUGGUCUUCCAAGUCCUUACUGUUGUUCAGAUGUCCUGUUGUUCAGAUAUAUUAUCUUCCUGAACAUUUUCCUGUGGGGUGUUACUGUUACAUUUAUUGGCCUUGUGAGCUGUUAACCAAUUUUCAUGAUAUUAACAAUAUCUCAACAUUUUGAUACAAGUACUUUUAGAAUGUUUCAGUAUGAAACAAUUAUAAUUGUUCAAGUCUAGCUGUUAAGUCUGCUGUUAAUUCUGUAUACAUAGAAACUGAGUCUGUGUUCAGAAUGUUGUUAUAGUUCCAACUGUAGGAUGAAAAAGCAAAUUAUGUGCUCAGAUUUAGCUCUGCCUUUUCUUGUUUUCUUUUGUUUGGAACUGCAUUUCAGAAUUCAACACUAGCAUAGUCUUUAAUAACCUGCUGCUGAUGUUUUUCUUUCCUAAUUAUUUGCCCCGAGGGCAUCCCACAAUUGUGUUAGUAGUUAUAUUCUGUACUUCUUUUCAUUGCACAGACUUGUAAGAUCAGAAUGGUUACCUGAAAGACAGUUGUAAAUCUGUGGAUUCCCGUAUACAAAAUAUUAACGCCAAGUGAAAAAGAGUACCUAUUGGAAGUAAACUACCCACUUUACAUUAAAUGACUCCAUAGAGGUGUCCAUCCUGAAACUAGAUGCUCUUCAAUUAUUAACCAUGUUAUUUACUUUAUUUCAAAAGCAGCUGUGUUUAUGAGUACUGAACAAAUGUGUAUACUUGCCUGUGCCAGACUUUUGACUUUGUUUUCAAGCACUGUACUGUGGGAUUGAGUGGCAGCUUUGUUAGAAGAAGUAUAUUAGGGUUUCUACUUAACCCUUUUAAGACUGAACCAUUUCUUUCCUUUAGAGUUUAUAAAGGAGCAGUUCUAACUUCAUAAAUGUUCUUUGUUCAACAUUGCAUUUGCCCCAUAUGGAGGUGCUAUGCUAAUAUCAUUUAAAAAAAUAAUAAUCCUGUAGCAUGUAUAUACAUUCAGUCUUAAAAGGGUUAUUUUUACAAACUGUGCACCUGUAAAGUUUCUUAGCAAUAAGGUAGAAAAAAUGAGCAAGUUUUUACCAUAAUUUUGUAGAGUGAACUGCUCAGUUCCAUAUUUCAUCAAGAAAAAAACCCUGCAAUAUGGGCAGUUUUGAGGUUUAAAUAAAAGUGAAAUGUAAACCA